GGAGCCCAGGCCGUCCGAGCUGUCCGUGCCGGGCCGCCGCCGCCCUGCGCGCCCUGCCCCGCUGCCGCCAGCGCCGCCGCGAGCUGCUCUGUGCGCCCCGCUCCCGCCGCCUCGGCGCCCUUCCCGUGGCUCUCGGCCCCUCAAUGUCUGACUCUGACUCCCGCACCGAGAAACGCAAGAAAAAAAGACCAAAUGGCAAAGCAACCUUCCGAUGUAGGUUCUGAGUGUGACCGAGAGGGCGGGCGGCUGCAGCCUGCGGAGAGGCCCCUACAGCCGCGGCAGCUCCGGCCAGGGGCCCCUCCCCCGCUCCAGACCGAGCCUCCAGGUAACCCGGAAGGCAGAGGCGACCGCUGCCCCCAGGGCCCGCCGGCCCCGCCAGCCAGCCCCGGCCCGUUUGCCACCAGGUCCCCGCUGUUCAUCUUCGUGAGAAGGUCGUCCCUGAUCUCCCGGUCGUCCAGUGGGUAUUUCUCUUUUGACACAGACAGGAGCCCGGCACCCAUGAGUUGUGACAAAUCGACACAAACCCCCAGCCCUCCGUGCCAGGCCUUCAACCAUUACCUGAGUGCCAUGGUUAGGGAGCAGAUGUUCCCACGACAGCCUCAAGUCACCGACGUAGUUCUCGAGCUUCCAGGAGGCGGCUGGCAGCCCUGCCCGCGGACGCGCGCCCGGAGAUGUGGAUCGCCCAGGAGCUGCGGCGCAUCGGGGACGAGUUCAACGCCUGCUACCCCCGGAGGGCAUUCUGGAAUAAUCACCGCGCGGCCGAGGAGCGCGCCCGGAUGCUCCUCCUGCGACUGCUGCGCUGCAUCCUCCGCCUGGUGUGGAGGAGGCCGUGACGGCCCCCGCAGGGCUGGGCGCAGACGCCGAGCCGGUCCCCUGCGGUGGCCGGAGACACGGAGCCCGCGCCGCUGCCUGCUGCCCGGCCCGGAGUCCGCGGUGGCCCUCGGCGGGGAGGCUCGCUCUCCACACGCGCAGAGCACGCUCUUCGGAGCAGGAUUUUAUGCAAGAACGGCGUUUAUACGUGGCCUGCUUUUAUUCACCUUCCUUAAGAACAGGUGUUUCGAAAAGGAAACGGAGACUUUCGGACAACUCACGAAUGAUUUUUGUACUAAAGUGUUAAGAACCUGUCGUCUCCUCGGAGGGUUGUGUGGACCCUGCGGUGGGAGCUGGGCCGCCGGCUUCUCACGCUGCCUUUGUUUGAUUGUUGCCUCUUGGUUUGUCCGUUUUUUUUUAAUUAUUAUUGAUACCAAAAGAAUUACUUUGAAAUGGGACUCAUCAAAGGGCAGGUGUCUGAGUCAGCCUCAGUGACACGUUGCUCCUGUUGUGUAAAUACUUACCUCUCUCCUCAAAUUCAGUUGCAUCUGUGGCAAAAUUUCUUCCUGAGUGUUUUCCCCCCGUCUCCUUUUGUGGCGUCCCCCAGCCUCUAGACCGCGAUGCCCAGAUACGGUCCCGUGAUUUUCAGGAUAAAACGGAACCGGGCUGUAACAAGAGUUGAUGGCAUCUGUUGUCCGCUGUUGGCGUCCCAGCUGGGGGUGCCCUGAGGAAGCAGGGGUGGCCCGUCCCCUCCGCACGGCCCGCUCCCUCGGCUCUGCCCGGCUGAGUGGGAGUGGGCACGGCUGUGGCCUUCCCACCCUGGCGCUCCUGAAGCGUCCGGCUGUCAGUCCCGCCGGGCCGGGCCUUGCCGGGGAGCGGGCCAGCUCCCGGGGUGCCCACCUCCAAGUCCACUCUGCAGGACGGGCUCCCUCAGGCUCCAGCAACCCUGUAGGAGAAUGCGACUGGGCGCGAGUCGGACGCGAUCCCUCAGCCUUCUCCAAAGCACAUUUGACUUUUCCCAUGUCUUUUGUGAGUCGGGUCUGCUCGGGCGCCCGGUUCUGCAGGUGCACUCCCUUGGAGCGUGGCAUGGGGAGCCCGCUCUGGUCAUCUCGGGGCGGCCACAGCCAGGGAGCCUGGGACAGGUCAGGGAGCAGGGUGGGGGAACCCUGUGAACCCCAAACUCACUGUUUUUGAAAACUCAGAUCUGGAAAAAAGCUUUUUAAAAGAAAUACGUGACUUUUCAAAUGAGUCAGUGCCAAUAAGUAUCAUAUUUGCCUUUGGCCCACAGAGGCCCAGUGUUUUCACAUCAUUAACAGCAAGUGGGAAACCAUUCGUUUGCAUCUUCAAAUUUAUAUAUAUGUUGCAUAUCUACUUUCACUAUUAGGUAUAACUCUUCUAGAGAUAAUUUGAUUCUGAGUAUUAUUCCUUUUUUUUCCGUUUACCUCAGAAAUCUCCCUUGGGUUGUGUCCCUCUUUUGAGCUGUGCCGGACCUCAGCUUGUGUCCUCAACAUAACUCGAGCUCGUCUCGAGGGCCCCCAGGUCCACAACUGUACGGUGGCCGUGGGCCUGCCGGACACACAACCAAAGACUGCCAGGCUCUGGGCAGCUCCGCCGGCUCUCACGGCCCCGUGGCCCCGCGCCUCUCUCCGGCCCGGGCACUUUACUCUGUCUCCCCAACACGGGCUGCCCUGUCCCAGCAGGCUCAUCCCCGGCCUGGCCACCUCGGGGCUCCCCGUGGCCGCUCCUCAGUGAUCGGAGGAGGCGGCAGUGGGACCCGAGGGAGAAAGGGGACCCGUCCUGCACGUCCCCUUGAGAUGCUCCCUGCAGAAGGAGCUCCCUCCCGGGCGCACCAUGACCUGUUGUGUUUUUUGUGUAUUUUUUAAUUUUUUGGUAGAAAAAGUAAUUAGGUCCCUUUUUUGAAAACUUAAUGCGGGUUUUGUGCCUUGACAAGCUUCCCCCACAUGAGGCUUUUGUAGAAAGUGGCCUGUGGCUUCACCCCCAGAUGCAGUAAACACACAGCCACUUCCAGGGGCCUCGGACCCCCUGCCCCUCCCCGGCGCACAAACGCUUUGUGAAGAAUUCUCUUCGGUUGUAGAAAAGCCAAUCUAAAGUCCCUUCUGAUUAAAAACGUACGAUAGAAGACGUUUUUCCUGUUUCCUCUUCUUCAUGUUGUAUAUAUUUUGACUAUUUAUUAGACUAGAUCAUAUUUUAUCUAUCAACUGAGCCAGAUGUCUGUGCAAUUGUUUUCCUUUCCUUUCUUGUAAAAUUUUGUACAGCAGAAAUAAGUAAAAAUCACUGUUUUUCUAAGCUUUUUCAAAAUCAAGGAUUGUAAAUACUGUAAAUUCCUUUUCUGUGUAACGUGUCCUACUGUUUCAUAAUGCUGUAACUUGUAGAAAUAUUGUAUAUUUAUUUUCUGCUUAUUUAAUGUCUUAAGUUCUGAAGUGUUGGCUCUGCCGCCCCCAGCCCGCUGCCAGCCCCUCAGCUGCUUCACCGCCCGGCGGUCAGCGGUCAGCUCGGUGCGGGCCGGGGGCCCCCAUUUGCCCGCAGCUCGAGGCAGGUGGUCCUCAGUUCUCGGGCUCUGCUGUUCUUCCGAAUGCGGGGAUGGUAGGUGCCCGUGACAGUCUGUCCGUCUGGGUACAGAAUCACUUUCGGGAAAUACCAGCCUUUUUCUAUUUGUCCCAAAGCAACCAGCUUCUCAUAGAAGCAAAUUGUGCUGACUCCAGGCCGUACCUUAAAGUAAAAUGUGUUAGCAGUUGGGAAAGGUUUUUCCCUUGGGAAUGUGUCCCUGACACCCAGUGUCCGGAGAGACAGAAGCGCGCCGGCUCCGGAGGUGCUGCCCGUGGUCAUCCAGGGAAAGGAGCGGGCAGGGCAGGGCAGGGGCCACACAGGGCCAAACCUCCUGGCGCCGGUGGCCCCAUGCUGGCAGCGGGGAGGGGCUGAGCACCCCCCACCCCCGGUGGCUGGGCUGGAGCUUGGGCACGGCCCCCACCCCACCCCCAGGCAUGCCUGCUGCUCAGAGGCAGGGGCCCGAGCCGGGGUAGGGCAGGACGCCCCGGACACUCGAGGGAGGCUUGCCAGUGGCUCCGAGUAGGUGGCCUGUCGUCCCUGCUGAGUCCACCCGGUGCCCGCGUGUCCGCUUCGCACACGCAUGUGCAGGGGCAGCUUCACACGUGGCACCAGGUCGGUUGGGGUGACGCCCACCGCAAGCUUCGUGUGUAGAAGCAUCCUCGAGCUCCCAGCUAGGUAACUUGACUACUUUUAUUUGGGAAUUUCGGAAUUUAGCAGCUCUCCAGUUGUACGUCCGGGUUUUGUGUCCACUGGUUACUGUGUCAGAGCUCGACAGGUACCGUGUACACAUAGCAGCACUGCUCUGUCUGUCCCCAGACCGGUUUCCUAAGACCCAGCCUAUGUAGCAUCCAUACGGCAACAUCCCUGGCUUCCUUGCAUUUUGCACUGAUGAAUUUUGACAGGGUAAUUGCCACUUUACUUGUGCAAUACUGCUGUAAAUAACUGCAGAUUUUUUAAGAAACUCAAUCUUUUAUGUGCUUAAUGAAUUUUAUAUAAAUAAACCUUUGAACGAGC